CUCUCUCUCACACACACACAUUGUAGCCAAACCCAUAAACAAUAUCAUUUACAGGACUCGAAAUUCAAUCCAGAAAUCCCAAUAUGUAUGUGAACAUACAUACGGAUACAAGAUAUUGGGUUUGAUUCUUUGGAUUUCUUUUUGCCAUAUGGGUAGCUGUAAACGAGUCAAAAGAAGAAGAAAGGAGUUGCUAUAAUUCUAAACAAUAAUCCAUAUUUGGGCUGUUCAUCUUCUUCUUCUAAAUCCAAAGCUAUGGGCCAAGAAAAACCCAAACCACAGAGGCUUUAUCGAGUUUGGAAAGGAAGCAACAGAUUUUUCUGUGGGGGAAGAUUGAUAUUUGGUCCAGAUGUGGCAUCUUUGUUUUUGUCCACAGUUCUUAUUGCCGGCCCAGCAAUUGCUUUUUGUAUAAAAAUCUUUUGCAACAUCCAACAUAGAAACAACCAUGGCAAAGAUGCUAGUCAUUGGUAUCCUGUGCUAGUUAUGGGAUCAAUUCUCACUAUACUGGAUAUAACAUUUCUCUUCUUGACAUCCAGUAGAGAUCCAGGAAUUGUUCCUAGAAGCUCAAUCCCUCCUGAAUCAGAUGAAGCCUUUGAUUUGAAUACCCCUUCUAUGGAGUGGGUAAAUGGAAGAACUCCUCAUUUAAAACUACCACGAACAAAGGACGUAAUCGUAAAUGGGCACUCUGUUAAAGUGAAGUACUGUGACACAUGCUUGCUUUAUCGUCCUCCACGUGCUUCUCAUUGCUCCAUCUGCAACAAUUGUGUUCAGAGAUUUGAUCAUCACUGUCCAUGGGUUGGUCAAUGCAUUGGAAUAGUAAGUUAUUGA